GUUCAUUCACAUAGGCUGCUUCCAUUAAACACACAAGAUCACAGAGAUGAGUGGACGAAUAGGAGACCUGAGCCCAAAGCAGGCUGAGAUUUUAGCCGAGUUUCGGGAGAGGAUUCAGGACAUCCUUCCAAGCUUGCCUGCGCAGCAUGAUCACUACCUCCUGCGCUGGCUCAGAGCCCGUAGCUUCAAUGUUCACAAAGCUGAAAGCAUGAUCAGGAAGCAUGUGGUGUUUAGGGAACAGAUGAAAGUAGACACCAUCCUAUCUGACUGGAAACCUCCAGAGGUGAUUGAGAAGUAUGUAUCUGGAGGGAUGUGUGGCUAUGACCGUGAGGGAAGUCCAGUCUGGUACGAUGUGAUUGGCCCUCUGGAUCCUAAAGGUCUGCUGAUGUCAGCCACCAAACAGGACUUCCUGAAGACUAAGAUCCAAAACACAGAGAUGCUACGGCAGGAAUGUCAAAAACAGUCUGAAAAGUUGGGGAAGUACAUUGAAUCCAUCACUCUAAUCUAUGACUGUGAAGGACUUGGAUUGAAGCACAUUUGGAAACCUGCUAUUGAGACCUAUGGAGAGAUCCUCACCAUGUUUGAAGACAACUAUCCUGAAGGCUUGAAGAGGGUGUUUCUCAUCAAAGCGCCCAAAAUGUUUCCUGUGGCCUACAACCUGAUCAAACACUUUCUGUGCGAGGAAACACGGCGCAAGAUCAUUGUUUUGGGAAGUAACUGGCAAGAAGUGCUACGUGAACAUAUUGACCCAGAUCAGCUUCCAGUGGUGUAUGGAGGAACUCUGACUGACCCUGAUGGAGAUCCCCGCUGCAGAACCAUGAUCAAUUUUGGUGGUACAGUUCCCAAGUCCUACUAUGUGCAGGAUUCAGUGAAGGUUCAGUAUAACAAAAGUGUGACCAUCAGCCGUGGCUCUGUCAUCCAGCUGGAGUAUGAGGUUCCUGCAGCCAGCAGCCUCCUGAGGUGGCAGUUUGCCAGUGAUGGAGCAGAUAUUGGGUUUGGAGUGUACAAGAGGACUAAAGAGGGCAGCCAACAGAAGAUAGCUGAAAUGCAGCAAGUUCUGCCCAGCGAGCGCUACAAUGCACACUUGGUCCCUGAAGAUAGCUGUCUCACCUGUCCUGAGCCCGGAGUCUAUGUGCUGUGUUUUGAUAACAGCUACAGCAUCCUUCAGUCCAAGAAAGUGAGAUACAAGGUUGAAGUUAUUCCACCGGCAGAUGUUCUGAUGCAAUGUUCACGCAGCAGUGGUGAUGGAAGGCUACAGUGAGGACAUCCACAGCUGAGAGGACACAGUUCUGAUCUUUGUUACUAGUUAGCUAUGUCAUCCCAUCGGGGCUAAAUUACCUCCACUUCUUCCACUGUGUUCAGUAUGUAUGAAUUCAUGAUACACACAUGCAUACAUUUGUUGUAAUUUUAUUACGAAGUGACUUAAAACCAGCCUGAAUUUGGGGGAGUCACAGCUGAAUCUGCAGCUUUCUUUAUCUUUAUAGAACUUUUCACUGAUUAAAACUUGGAGUUUACCUGACUAACUGCUAAACAACCCAUGAUAGCUGAUUUUACUGGUCACUUUGAAUCAGCAAAAAAAAAAAAAAGUCUGUGAACACAUGUCAUUAACAACAUCACCAGUCAGACCAAGAUUAUCAUGUAUUUGGAGAUGUUUUUGUAUACAUGUGAUUCAUUUUUAGCUCUGUUUUUGGUAUCUACCCCCUUUUAGAUCUUGGGGGGGGGUUCAGCCCCAUUUUGAUCACAAAAUUCAUCUAUAUGUAGUCUGUGAGUUAAGCUUGUGAGGGA